AUGGAAAACUUCGAGGUGCGAGCUAAAUCGUUCACCAUCAAAUGGGUAAAUGUUCCCGACAAUUGUCUAGUGAAGUGGGAGUUAAAGCCUUUGAAACGAUCUGUUAACUUUGCGAUUUAUGAGUACAACAGGGCAGACUUGCCAGCUCCUACAACGGCUCCAAAUUCUUCGUCCACCACAACCUCCGAGAACCUGAGCUUGGACGAGGUCAAUGAGGUUCCUCACAAGAUGUUCAACCUACUUCAUCAGAAUUUACGGGACUCUGUUGACUCCAUAAACUCUCAAAACGGUGUUAGUCCUUCAACGCCCACAGACCAGUCGGCCGCCUCUUUGUCCAGGUCCAGCUCGUUGUCAACACUCCCUGCUGGCACAGAGAGACGGAGAAGGUCCGACAGCAGCAUAUCCGUCAAUGACCCACGCAGCUCUCUCGAGGAUAAGAUUGAUAAACACCUGGCCAAAAAGCAAUGGAUCGGAAGAUGCGAGGGAGACAAGCUGACCACCGGCACUUUCGAAGUGGAGACCGGCUCCUUGUUUGCGUUCAUCUUCGACAACACAUUCAGCAGACACAAGGCCAAAACCAUCAUGUUCAACCAAUACAUAGAGAGCAACGGCGUUGUUCAUCAGACACAGGAACUUCCUAACCCAUCGUCUUCGGGCCAACUCAACACCAUUGACGAGCAAAAGAGCAUUGAAGAAACAGACGUGCCCCAACCUGGAGAGUCCAUUGGCUCGGCUAUAGAGAGACCAGACUAUUUUAACACAGCUGCAAGAAGAGCAUCCACUGCUUCGGUGUCAGCACCACCAGGUAAAGUGAGAUUCAAUGUUCCAGAAAAUGGACUCGUGAACAAGUCCAAGAACGUUUCUUUGCUCAGAGUGAAAGGGGGCCAGUAUUUACAGGGGUUCCUGCUUAAGAAGAAACGGAGACGUGGUGGGAAGAAUUUCGCCAGACGGUAUUUCGUCCUCAACUUCAAGUACGGAGUACUGGAUUACUUCUUCAACGACUUGACCAACCAUGUUCGUGGAAAUAUGUACAUUAGGAACGUUGUGAUUUCUGCGGAUCCAAAGCAAUUGAUGAUGUAUUUGGAUUCCGGAAUCGAGCAAUGGGUGCUGAAAGCAAGCACCAGCGAAGACUUCAAAAUAUGGGUCCAGGCGUUCAACUUUAUCAAGAAACAGAACAAAACGUCCCAGCCAGGCGAGCUUCCUGAACAGAUUCUUCAAAUUGCACCACCAACGGCUGCUUCUGACGACUCGGACGUUCUUUCGCAUUCGGACGAUAGCAGAAUCGGAAGGCCACGCUCGGUGACCAAUCCACAGUACAAACUUAUAGAGGAGAAAAUUAUACAGGUCAAAGAGCUGGCAGAACACAUCCAGACGUUGUCCAAGCAGCAAUCGACAAAAAAGCCUCCUACAGACAGAAGAGGUUCGUUCUUCCGCAAGAAGAACAAGAAGGAAGCUGGUGACGACAUACCUGAACAGGAAAGCGUCAACGGAUCAUACACUCCAUCAAUUACCGGGACAUCUGUUUACGAUACGUUGGUGUCCGAAAUUAGAGACUUACAAUUGCAAUACCUGUUGCUGGUCAACACGGAAACGAACAGAGGAUUCAGCAAGCCUGCCCACUCGCCGUCAAGAAGAACACUUACCAGAACUAAUACUGCUGCCACUUCAGUUGUUUCUCAAGAGUUUUUUGAUGCUCAAGAAUAUAUGGAUGAAAUGACCCAUGGGGUUUAUUUGGUCCAGUCCAGCGACGAAGGUGAAGACGGAGAAGAGACAAAGGACCUUUCGAACGGCGCUCAAAUGUCGUCAACUAUUUUCGACAAGAGUCCUUUUGAGACUCCUUUGGGCGCAGAAACAUCAAACACCAGUUCGUCAAGCGACGAAGACGACGACACAGACCAGAAAGAGCCAGAGUUAUUGAAAACAUCAGAAUUUACUGCUCCAGAGGACCUGUAUCCUUUGGAGUCAGGCAAGUUUGUGGACUACCGCAAAGACAUUAAGGCGUGUACGAGCGAUCCUCCUUCGUUGAUUGGAUUUUUGAGAAAGAACAUUGGUAAAGACAUUUCUUCCGUUUCGAUGCCCGUCACUGCCAACGAGCCAUUGACUUUCUUGCAGAAGUAUUCGGAGAGUUUCGAGUAUUCGCAUCUUCUCACAGACGCUUUGCGUGCGCCUGCUGAUACGGGCGAGCGUAUUUUGAUGGUUGCAACGUUUGCGAUCAGUUAUCUCUCGUCGUUUCGUGCCAAGAUCAGAAGUGUUCGGAAACCAUUUACUCCGCUACUUGGUGAGACGUUUGAGCUUGUGAGGAACGACUUGGGCAUUCGUAUGAUCUGCGAGAAAGUUGUUCACCGUCCAAUUGUGGUGGGCGCGCAUGUGGAGUCGACCGAUUGGACCAUCGACCAUAUUUUGUCGUCGCAGCAGAAAUACGGAGGAAAAUCUGCCGAGGUGUCUGUUUUAGGAGACAUUGAGCUCAAGUGCAGAAACGGCCAAGUUUACAAAUGGAGUCAGCCGACGACGUUGAUCAAGAAUCUCAUUGCAGGAGAGAAAUAUUCUGAGCCGUAUGCUUCAGUAACAAUUUUCUGCAACGAUGGCCAGAGAGCCGUGGUGAGCUUCAAAGCUGUUGGAAUGUUUUCUGGACGGUCCGAGGAGUUGAACAUCAAGGCCUUCAACGCGGACGGAUCCAAGUAUGCGAAGGAGGUGAACGGCACCUGGACAGACAGUCUUCGAUUCUCCGAUACGAACGAAAAAGUGUGGAAAGUUGGCAACCUGGUGCCCAACUACCAGAAAAAGUACGGGUUUACUGAGUUUGCAGCCAGUCUGAACCAAAUCACAGAAGUCGAGGAAGGAUGUGCUCCAACGGAUUCAAGACUGCGUCCUGACCAGCGCAAGUACGAAGAAGGCGAGGUUGACGAGGCAGAGGAUCUCAAACUGAAGCUCGAAAACGACCAGAGAAAGAGAAGAAAGAACCCAGAUGGAACAGACGCGGUCCACACUCCUGCGUUCUUCAAAAAAACAGGCGACGGCGAUUUCGACUGGGAAUAUAUAGACGGAGAGCAAAGCUACUGGAACCGGCGCAAAGCAGGCGACUGGAGCGGACUGGUGGAACUUUGGUGA